GGGCAGUGGUCGCUGCCAUCGGAGCAAUUGGAUUUGGCGACACGUCAAGCGGCAUUGCUGCACUGCAAUACGGAAAACUUAACGGAUAUGAUGAGCUGUUUGCACUCGAAACAUUACCUCGAAUAUGCCAAUACGCUGCCGCAUAUGUUCGAAUUUGGACGCAAUAAUCCGCUGAUAUUGUGGAAACCAGUCAUCGAACCGGACUAUGGCCAGGAGCGCUUUCUCACAGAGGAUCCUGUUUGGUCCUAUCAAAAUGGCAACUUUAUGAAAAUACCCAUCAUAACUGGCAUGACGAAGGAUGAAUUCGCGGGACAGGCCAUAUCAAUUCUUGAGAAUCCCCGCUUAUUAAAGACAUUGGCGCAUAAUUUCGAGGCUGUAGCGCCGGUAUGCUUCCUUUACGACCCAGAUAGCCCACGUGCGCAAAACAUUAGCAUGGAAUUGAAAUUUGCAUAUUUCGGCAAAGAGUCGUUGGAAUAUGCAGGCACUCUGCAACCUUUGGUGGAUCUCUUCGCUGAUGCCCUAACUGGUUUUGCAAUACAUCGCUUUGUGCAUUUAGCGGCGCGCUCUACCAAAGUCUACUACUACCGCUUCAGCUAUCAAGGACAGCGCAGUCAUAUUUAUUAUCCCACAGAUAAACCUUUUGGUGUUGUGCAUCAUGACGAUCUGAUGUAUUUGUUUGUCGAACCAUCGGUGAGCCGCAUGUUUACGGAGGAUGAUCGCGAAAUCAAAAUCGUCGAUAAAUUAACCAGAAUGUUUACAGCAUUCGCCUAUAAAGGUGAUCCCAAUAAGCAGAGCGAUGACAAGUUACGCCAUAUACGCUGGCGUGCUUUUAGCUUUAAGCGUCAACACUACUUGGAUAUUGGCGAGGAAAUCGUGCUUCGAGAGGGUCUAAAUAUGCCACGCUAUGAAAUUUGGAAGCGCUUGUUUCCACUCAAUUGGAAGCGUCAAAGCAAACACGAUCUCUUGGAUUAUGAAUAGAUUGUAAGUGGCGUUUCACCCGAUCCGGUCGCCGGUUAAGCAGCAGUUGGUUUGCCGGCUCAUGUGAAAGCUCCAAUAGCUACACAUACACUUUGUGCCGGAAAACCGGCUGCCAGUUAAGCGAAAACCGGAGCUUGUGAAACCAUAUUAAGUUAAGAAGAAUAAUACAACGUUAAUUUUAAAUGUCAAGUUAUACUUUAAC